GCGGUCCGUGGUUUUCCGCCGCCGUCUCUACCGCACGUAUUACACUGCGCCUGGGACUUUUCUCGUGGUGCCGCAAAAGCAAGAGAAGCGCCCCCGCGCCCCGUUGCUGUCGUGUUGUAAGGCGAUCACGUAUCCUUGCCGCAGCAGUGGCCGCGCGCGCGUCGAACGACCCAAUUGCAGGAUUACCGCUACGGGACGACACUUCAUCGCUGGCGAGUUCGCGAGCGCGUGGCACGGCUGGCAAAAUUCCCGCCGCUCUCUUGCAAAGCACGGAGGCGGCGAUAAGUUUUGUCGCCCUCCCUCCCUCCCGCUUCUUCUGUCGUCUGCUUUGUUGUACCGUGCGUUCGAACGUGUGAUGAGCUGUGGCCCGCCGAGAAGUGCCCGUGUCGCCGGCUCCUCGAAGCCACUGGGAGUGUGUUUGGGCGAAAAGAUCAACGCACCGUGCACUUCGGCGUAAACCAAAACCUCCUUUCGCCGGAUCAACUUUUUCUCCCCCCACACCCCUUGCCCUCCGGCUCGCGAAAACUGGUUGUGCCAGCGGGACACGGCGGCGGCUUGCGUCGACGGUGGUUGCCUCGCUAGUGUAGCGAGCCACGGCCGCUCUUCCGUUGUUGUUUCGACGUCGAGGAGUGCAAACCAAAAGACCAUGGAGCACGAAGCCGCGUCGCCGAGCUCUGUGCAACGUCUCGUCCUGGUGGCCGCGACGGUGUUGCUGCUGACGCAUUCCUGGCCCGUGGCUCGGGCCAUGAGCGCGGAGAGCCAGUGCGAUCCACCGGGCGUGUGGCAGACGGGCCAGGCGCUAGACGAGACCGCCUCGAAGGCUUCCGGCGCCAACGUCAGCCUUAUCGAGCCGACCAGGUCCGGGAAGCUGCAGGAGUGCGUGGACCGUUGCUGCAAGAGAGAUGAUUGCAGCGUUGCCACUGUCAAGGUACAAGACAAAGGCACCGUACUUUGUGCCUUGUUCAACUGCAACCCACCAGAAAAGUGCAUCUUCAAGAAGUCAGCCAGGCUUCUUAGCCUGGACCGAACGGCGACUGCCUUCCUGAGGCGGGUCGUUGCCGGCUGGCCCAAGUACAACAACAUUGAGGUACACACAGGAAAUAUCUCCUCCACUAAUGCCACGCCGAUUUCGUCGUCAACGUCACCGACUCCUGAUACGACAUUACCGUUCGUAGCGGAAGUGACGACAGCGAACGUCACUACGGUAGCCAGCGGGGAUAAGUCGACGACGACUGCCACGUCCGCUCCAAAGCUCAACACCGAAGAUAGUGACGCAAACAGCCCCGUCGUGACGACGGAUAGUGUCACUACAGCAUCCGGUUUGAAUGCUUCGACUUCGAUGUCUACGAUGCACCAACCUCUAGGUCUUAGUGGCAUAUUAGACCUGUUAAACCAUGUGGCCGAGUCUAGGACUCACUCCGAACUCCACGAAGAGGCAGCCUCGUCUACAAAUAGCGCCAAUCACGUUUCUAGCACGUCACUGUCGCCGUCGGGUACGUCAUCAACGACUGAAUCAUUCUACAGAUCGUCAUCUACCACGCCUACAAACGACGAUAUGUCUCCGCCUCCAUUUUCCGAUAUACCGGAAGUGUCUUCGUCGACUGAAGGGACGACCAGUACCACUACGACGGUGUCGUCUGCCCUGGAGGCUUCCAUGAAGAAAAUCCUUCCCACGAAGAUGUUCGACGGUGACUCAUGGUGGUCCCGGCUGUCGGCUCCCAUGAAAGCCUCGAACCCGUCAACGAACGCAUCCAGCGUCACUACCCAGAGCCCGAACGUGACAGAGAAAGCGACCGAUGUGGGCAAGUCCAGCGACAUCAGAGGACCCAUACAGAUCUUCGCCCCGACGACAUUGAACGUCGACCUGAUGCCCAAGGCAUCGCCAUCGAUCAGCCUAGUGAUAGGCCUGUGCCUUGGCCUGCUCCUUAUCUUUGUUGUGAUGGGCCUUAUUGGCCGGAGGAUUCUCGAUGUGUGGCAGAGGAGGCACUAUUCCAAGAUGGACUUCCUCGUCGACGGCAUGUACCACGUGACGUGAGUCGCGGGCGUGUAGUUGGAACUUUAGCGCACCACGAACAAAGUUUCUGGUGCUUACUGCAAGCGCUAGGCUGAUGGUCGCCCACAUGCUAAAUGUCCAUGUGAAAAGAAAGUGUCGUCGACGUGGAUGAUCGCUAGAAGCCCUCAGAAACAUUAGCUCUCUGGUGCAAUGCGAAGGUGUUUUUCUUGCCUCUUUUUGACACGCAGAUAAAGGUAUACAACAAAAGCAUAGUUUCGCUGUUCCACUAUCCAAAGCAACUUGCCACCUUAUUUUAUAAAAACUGGUUGACGGAUGCCGUGAAGGCUCUGUCAACACAUUACCAUUCACACCUUAUUUAAGAUGCGCCCUGUUAGCAGCGCAAAUGUGCAGAUUUAUAUUUUUGUGAAAGAUAUCAAUGAAUAGUCAAGACAAUUACGUGGUUUUACGUACGAUUCCCCCUUUUACUUAAAUCCAUAAAAGCCUGCGCUUCUGGGGGCUUUUGGUGGUUUUCACCAAAACGUUUUAUUGUUGUUGUUGUUGUUGCACGUGGCGACCAUCAGCUAGGCUCUCGAUCAAAUUUUGUACAGACAUGAACUCUUGGGUAGCAGAUUUGUUCGAUACGGCGUUGCUGACCUUAUGCCACAGUGAGAGGAUUGUUUUUGUUCCUGUGUGUUGAUUGUUUCCGAAACUUAGUGCUUGCUAUUUCUCGCGUGCGUUCGUCCUCAUCGAAAUCAAAACUUCACAUCACAGACAGCUUGCUGGCGAAGCUGAUCCAACUCACAUUCUCUACUCAGACUGAUUUUGCUUAAGUCAUGUAAGACAUGAUGGGCAGUUGUUGCUUAUAGACAAAGCGAACAGGAUAAAUGAAAGACAGGAAAGUUCAAUAGCACUGAGCCGAGUUGGCUACCCUGCAUUGGGGGAAGGGGAAAGAUUAAGAAAAGGGGGGGGAAGUUUAGAGUUAAUGUGCGCUUGAGUUGCAGACUUAUGGGAAUUCUCAGCACUGUGUGACAGAUGGUCCUCUCAGUCCGGUUGUCUUCAGGAAUCGCAGCAGCGCUGUUGUGGCAUUCUGUAACUUUGAUGUGUGAAAACACGUGGUCCCCAUAUCUUCGUCAGUACGAAAGGUCUUCCGGUCUAACUGGUAUAGAGAGGUGUGUAUGGCAAGCCUUUUAGCUUUGAGGGACAUGUAGUGGCACAGAAGAUGUUGUAGAGUUUCUUUGCAACCAUAGGUAUGGUGAAAGGCGAUGUCGUUCAUUUCUAUCAAGAAUGUGUAUGCGUUGGGUGAAUGCAACUCCCAGGCGUCGAUAAAGUAGUGUUUCUUCACUUCAGAGAAGAUCAGGUAGCAGGUGCAAUUGCAUAGAUAGAUAGAGCGAACGCAAACUAUGGUGAGUGAAAUCGGGAGUGUGCCAUUUCUAUGAUGUAAGAUGUGCUAACAAUUGCUUUAGUGCUGGGCUGUGUCAGCUCUUGAUAACGAUAUAGAAACAGCAUGUGCGCCUUCAUGUGCUGGCCUUGACUUUUCAAAGUACUCAGUAUUGAGAACUACAGCUUACUGCUUGUGCUGCUUUCUUAUAUACAUAUAAAAUUGUCAGUCUGACCGAUUUGCCGAAAACUCCUUAUUGAGCUCAAUAUUUCCAGAAAUAAAAAAACAGAAUGUGUAUAUGGUUUAUAAAUGAAACGUGCCGACGAAAAUGUUGUUUUCUGGAAGCUCUGAUGUCAUAUAUCCAACCUCAGCCAUUCGCAAACAGCACGUCGUGAUCAAGAAAGAUGAAGCUAAUCAAAUAGAUGCACAGAAGUACAAUAGGAGUGGGGUUCUUCUCUGUCGUAGGAAAUCGACACUUAUUUCCAGCAGAGACAAUAGUAAUCAUGUGUAGCGAUAUUUAUUAAGUGGACCUUUAUCAAACUUGCACCGUGACGAUAAAAAAAUAGAGCUCUUAUCCCACAUAUCCUCCACUUCUAAUAAUACGAACAUAUCAGGUCACACAGAAUAGCAGGCCGUCAAGAUCAUUGCAUAAAUGGGAAAUGCGUCAUACGAAAAUGGUCGAUAGGUCGGUAAAGGCUGCGUUUGCAAGAAAUUAAAUGGCAGUGUUCCAUUUCUUUUUAUUUUUUUUUAGGUUUUACAGGUGUCUCCAUGUCUCGUGGGUUUAAAAAAAAGGGUGGCGUCUGAGUAGCGUCCAUUGUAGGGUCUCGUGGAAAUUGUGACUCGGCGCUUUCGAAUCGCCCAGUGAGAUAUUGGUUAACGGUCAUAUUUGAACGUGGCGCAAUAUUAAUCUAGUUCUUCCAUUUCUUUCUUUUUUUUUCAUUGUGAUAGUUUGUUUUGAUGGCUCAGCUAACGAGCUACUCAUGUGUGGAUGAUGCGUGAAGCAGACACUGCUGGGAAUGGAGUACGACCUGGCAUGCUCUAUGUUAGAGUUUUAGCAUAGCGUUCCGUCUUGCGGUUACCGAUACCGGGUGCCAUUACUUCCCGUGCGUGAAGUUUACCGGGGGCCGGUAAAUUUAUCGGGACAACUUGCGCACCAGUUACAGUGAUUGCGUAACAACAUGGACGUGCCCAUGCACGCUGCCCACUUUGAUCCCCGUUCACCAGUUCUACUCGCUCUCCGUCUUAAAAACAAGGAAUAAAUGGUUAUCUCAACCAUCGCUUAUUCUCAUCUCUCGCCGAGCACAAAGUAUAAGUCGAUGUUUUGUCAUUAAUAUUGAGAUCAAUGCUAGGUUUCGAUGCUGCUAGGCCUAGAGAGACGUCAACGAGGUGGGGAAGUGUAUCGAUUUUCGCCUAGUAGAUGGCACCACAGCAGUUAGCCCUGGUCAACACUGUGUAAGGUGAACGAUGUUGAUGAGUUGAACGGCUUCGCUGCCAACCGCAUAAAGCUUUUUUUUGCAGCCACGUACAUGAAAAUGUAGGCGUUGCGGUAGCUAUGGUGUGGAUUUUGGAAUAACGCGUGAAGUUGGAUCGAUAUACAAUAACAGUGUGACAGGUUGGCUACGCGGCACCAAAUAGUACACGGAAACAAAGUUUGUCAGCCAGCAGUAGAGGACCAACCAAGACAAUGAGCUGGCUUUAUUGUCCGUGCUUUGGGAAUUGCAGCUGCCGAAACCCACCGGUUUCUCUCGGCGCUGUCAGCUGAUUCGAGAGGUUCGUUCAGUUAACCUAUCGCGAGCAAUUUUGAUUCAGGCUCUUGAACCUUACCAAGACGGUGACGCCACGAGCGGGUUGCGAAGGCAUGCGCUAAACUUUGAAGGGGCUGUUUUUUUCAAUUGCUGACGCAAUCCUAAGCUCUAUGUGCGGCUUACUGAGGUGAAUUCGAUGGUAUACCAUGCGCAGCAUUAAAUUCUUCCAUCACCCAACAUCCAUUUUCUUUUCACUCUGGAACCAUAUGUGCUCUCUCUCUCUGCGAUGCUUUGCAGCAUUGUUUGCGAUGCGAGUGAAAGAUCGAGGCAGAAGUGCCUUGUAAGCACGAGCAUGUCAUUAUCAUUAGACCUCGUCUGUGUAUGCCCUCCACAGCGUAAGAACACAUUGUCGCAAGUCUUCCUCUUCUCGCCCAAGCAUACAAAUUAAGAGUCAUGAUAGGGUCCAACUUUCGUAUUUGCAAGUCCUAGCUUUCGCAUGCCGCGUCAGUGUUGUGCCUUCGUGGCCUCCAUGGUAUUAUACAGCGGCAUGAUGCUUACCGAUUACGUCGCGUUGGUAUAUGCAGGGAAAAACAAAGGAAUACUUGUUCCUUUCUCUGGCGAUCCACAUCGCUUCUGUUUCUUUGAAAGGCUACUUUAAUUCUGUGGUCGUCAUUCACUUUGCAGGCCAAGCAAACAUCGACGAGAGAACCUAGUUUGAUCAAGAAUGAACUUUUGUUUGUCUGUUCUUGUUUCUUGGCUAAAACACUGCAUGCAAGAUAUGGCAGGGUUACCGAAUGCUAAUCGCAGGAACCGCCAAUCGGCAUACGCCUAUAGUUGAGACAGCACCCACAUCCGUUAAUUUCUUCGCAUGUACAUUACAGGACGUCUGUGAACUGUCAAAUGCAGGUUUGCUGAGAAUGUUGGAUAUCUUCUUGGUAUGAAAGUGUGCCGGAACCGCGCACACUUGUGGAAACUAGAUCUUGAAUCAACCAACCAGAUGUCGAGCGCGCAAGGGCUUGUUCGUAUGCACGGGGCAGCCCCAAACCUACAAAGCAGAACUUCUUGCUGGGCAAGUUGAUAUACCUUAAUGACAAUCUGAAGGGUGCAAACACACGCACAUGCGAUGUAUAGUGAAGAAAAACAAGAGCGGCAAACGAAGCGCCAUUUGUCUGUCGCCUGCUUUUUUUUUUACAAUACAUUCCAUGUGCGUAUGCUUCCGCCCUUGAGGCUGUUACCAAAACAUACCGAGUUAAGCCACAAAAAAAAGUGUAUAUAAAUAAAAGCCCAUCAAAGCUGAGAAACACUCGCUUGAUGUCCCGAUGGAGGACUGCAACAUUGUGAAUGGUCGUAAAGAACAAAAUAUUGUAAGACAGAAUUUAACAAGCUUGGUAUUGAACACUUCCCAGGCCACGCUGUCACCCAAAUCUCUUACUGGAAUGUUCUUUGGACCUUUUCUGCGCUUUCAUAUUGUUAAAAUAUUCCAAUAAGUGACAAAUACUGGGUUCUCAGUCAAGUAAAAAAGUUUAAGUGCAUUAGAAUUAUCAAAACGAUUAAUGAAAAUUUGGCAUAUUACCGCUACAGCAAUUAAAUAAAAUUUGGUCGCGUUAUACUCAUUCAUUGCGAAAUGGCCUAAGACUAGUACGUACUUACUGGACCACUUUUGUUCUUACACACUUCUGCUAAUUAUACUGCCAACAGUAGCGAUUUAUCACCUCUUGGGCAUGGGCCAAUUAAGGAACAUUUGUUUAGUGCAAAGAGUUAUGCGGAUUCGGCCACUCAUUGGUUGGGACGAACUAUGGCUUGCACUGUGCAGCACGAUAUUAGUGGGACGUAGAAUAACAAAAGGUCAAACAAAUGCUUCAUACUUAAUUUUUUUUUCUAUCCAGAGUUGGGUACAUUUACAACUCUGCAGCUUUUGUGGCUCGAGGCAAACCAUUUGUGGUUAUGUUUGUGUCAUGUUGUUGCUCGACUUGUGGACUAAAGCUUUCCUGAUCAGUUUUUUUUUGUGUGCGUGUUGGACGAAGCAUACAGAAAAUGUAUGUCGCCUUUUUUCCCUUAAUGCACAGUAGUAUUCUAUGAAACGUCAUGGAACUCUGCGUAUUGACUCGUGAUUUUGUGGUCACACUGUUUUGCGACGUAUACAAACUGAGUUCGCUGUUUUUUUUUUUUUUGUACAUGAGUGAGUAAAAUAAGAAGUCUUUGUUGUUGCCAGGUUAAAUAUCCGCGGACAUUUUAUUGAUAUUUUGAGUUGUUGGUGAAUUGCAAUCAUUGUCAAGAGUGGUGAAUGGCGGUGAUUCUGCUAUGCAGUAAUUUGCUGUGAUGGAAUGUCUUUAUGCAGCUUGUUGAUAAAUUAAAAAUUGAAAAC